AUGAAUCAAGCGGAUCCUACUCAUUUAAACAACGCAACUGAUGCCAUGAGUAUCGGGACAAGCUCAUUCAUUGAUCCCGAAUGGAAAAAAGCUAUUGAUGAAAUUCCUCUUGAAUUAUUCUAUCUAGUGAGAGGGCAUGAAGAUGAGAGGAAAGAGCAAGAAAUUAAAAAGCAAGUUGAGCAACAGGCACAACUAUUGGCCGAUCAACAAAUCCGACGCCUCGUAGAUACUAUAGAGGAAAUUAAACUUGAUGCUGUUCGCAAAUAUUACAAAGAAAAGCCUUUACUUGAGAAGAAGGCACGAAUGGAGGAAGCUUCCCGUCUCGAAAGGGAAUUUCAACAGAAAGAACGUGAACGAGUUCUGAAAGAGUCAGAAGAAUUGGAACAAAGAAAACAAGAAGAAGCCAAAAAGCAAAAAGAAAAUGAAUUUUUGGAAUAUAAGAACGCAAUCGAUACAGUUCACUCAUUAAUGGCUGAGUUGACAAGGAAUUUACUCGACAGUCCACCUAGUACAUUAUUGGACAAUAUCGAUAUUUAUGAAUCAAAGAAUGAUCAUCCUGUUACUGCUCAGAUUAUUCGUCAAUUUGAAUCCAGUGGUAACCUUGAAAAUCCCAAGCUCAAACAAGAACAAGAAGACGAAAACUUAAUUAAUACAAGAUUUGUCGAGCAACGUAGAAGAGAGAUGAUAACGUCAGAGCCUUCAAAACAACAAGCAGAGCAAAUACCAAAGGAAGAAAAUACAUCGUCUACCUUAUCUGUGAAAAAGCUUGGCGAAAUAUUAUACGAAAAAGGUUUCAAAGAGCUUGACGCAUACUUGGAAACCUCCCUACAAGAUAAGCAAGAAAUCGAAGCCAGAAUUGUCAAAGACAUCAGAAAUAAGGAGCUACAAUUCAUAUUGGAAUUGUUGUACAAUCGCAAGGCCAAGAACUUUUCUCGACUGAAUAAUACCAUGCGAGCGGAGUUGUUAUAUUUUGGCACCUUACACCUUACACUUAGUGUCAGUGCUGUUUGCAUUUGA